AUGAAUACACUUUCAGUACGUGAUCUGUGUUGCCUUUUUUGUUGUCCACCAUUACCAUCCCGUAUCGCCGCCAAGCUUGCUUUUCUUCCGCCCGAACCAACAUAUACAUUAAAUGUAGUUGAUCGUCUCACACUGAUCAAUGGUAUUACUGAUCAAAAACCAUCAACAACAAAAACACCUCUAGUCGAUGCUAAUAAGUCUGAUCAUUAUACAAUAACAUUUUCUGAAAAAGCAGAAUGGCAACACUCACAAUCAGAUAUAGCUAAAUUAGAACCGUAUUUUGUUACAACCGCACGCCAUAAUCGCAUUGCGUGUCUUCAUAUUACUUGUACAUCGGAUCCAAAAUAUUAUAUUCUAUUUAGUCAUGGUAAUGCUGUUGAUCUCGGUCAAAUGGCAAGCUUUUUUAUUAUAUUAGGUACACGUUUACAAUGUAAUAUAAUUAGUUAUGACUAUUCUGGUUAUGGUGCUUCACAAGGAAGAGCCAGUGAAAAAAAUAUGUAUGCUGAUAUUGAAGCAACAUUUAAUUCUGUAAAACAACGAUACAAUAUCUCACCAUCAAAAAUUAUUCUUUAUGGACAAAGCAUUGGUACUGUACCAACGAUAGAUUUAGCAUCACGUCACAACGAAUGUUGUAUAGCAUGUGUAUUGCAUAGUCCCUUAACAUCGGGCAUGCGUGUUGCAUUUCCUGAUACGAAACGAACAUGGUGUUGUGAUGCAUUUCCUUCAAUAGAUAAAAUUCAUCGUAUUCGUUCUAUUGUUUUAAUUAUACAUGGAACAGAAGAUGACGUUAUUGAUGUCAGUCAUGGCUUUGCACUCUACAGUCGAAUACAUAUACAACAUCAAAUUGAACCAUUAUGGCUUGAUGGUGCUGGACAUAAUGAUAUCGAAGCACAUGGACAAUAUGUUGAAAGGUUAGUACGAUUAAUCGAUGUAGACAUUCCACAUAUAAGUUUGAAAAAAGAACAGCAGACACUGAUAUUACCGCCGGCUCAACCAACCCUGGCAUCAACACUUAUUAUACCGGCUUCGAUAACGAAUGGAACAAAUUAA